AUGUCAUAUUUAACUAAGGAUCAACUUGACCAAUAUUUAAAAAGUCUAGGUACAAAAUCAAGACCAACGUCGAUAAGUGCAAAAUCAAAAAAUUUAACUUCUAUCAAUGUACCACCUAAUAGCCCGUUGAGCCCAACGUCCUCUGGUUCAUCACCACUUUCAACUUCAGAAGAGCGAAAGAUUGGUGUGGUACGCGGUCUGCGGUCACCACCGCUAUCGGACUAUAAUAGUUUGAUCAAUUCACACAAUAAUAAUAAUGAAAAUUCAGUAGAAUUAUCACAAACCGUUAAAGCAACAGACACAAUCCCUGAGUUAACUCAAAAACCAUCCACGCAAACCUCUUCGAUUACAUCAUCUGCAUCAUCUUCUAAUGAAACCGAAAAAAAGACCCAAUAUAGAAAUAUCGAUGAUAUCGUGAACGAUCUCUCAUAUCCAUUGGAAACCAAACUUUCCCUUAAACCUAAUAAUUCAUCAAUUAAUCCAGAAGACGCUAAUACAAAAAAAACAAAUCCAAUCGCCAAUAUUUCUAAUUAUAAAGAUGCACAAGGGGGUUAUGUCUUAUCGGCAGCGUUAAAAUCAAAUAAUAAAUUGGAUUCACCCAGACCGUCUAAUGAAUCUCCAAUUACUGCUAAUGAGCCUUCUGUUACACCAUCAGAGAACAAUAUACCUGUAACUCAAGAGCGACGGAAUAGUCGACCUAUAUCCUUAACUUCUUCAUUAGAUUGUGCCGGAUGUGGAAAAGCAAUUAUUGGUAAAGUAUUAAAUGCAAUGGGAAAGAGAUGGCAUCCGGAACAUUUCAACUGUAAGCACUGUGGGAUUACUUUGGAAUAUGUUGCAUUUUUUGAAAAGGAUGGUUAUCCUUAUUGCCAUUUGGAUUAUCACGAGUUGUUCAGUCCAAAAUGUGGACAUUGUGGUAACACUAUCGAAGGGCCCUUUAUCAACGCACUUGGAAAGUCCUGGCAUCAGGGACACUUCUUUUGCCGUGAAUGUGGUAAUCCAUUCGAAUCUGGUGGGUUUAUGGUUCAUGAUGGAUUCCCGUAUUGUGAAAAAGAUUGGAUUAAAAAGUUUGCACCUAAAUGCAAAGGAUGUCAAGAACCUAUCAGAGGUGAAUUCACAAAUGCUCUAGAUGGGAUGUGGCACCGUGAAUGUUUUGUUUGCAAG